UUUGAGCUUUUUGUUUUCUCACAGUGAUGCUUUUAAGUAUAAAAAUAGAUAUUUAUAUUCUUUGCAGUGAAUAUACACCAAGGCUUAUAAAGAAAUUAGAAGGUAUCAAGGUAAAAAAAGUUGCUGCUGGGUUGCUGCAUUCAGCCUGCAUUGAUGGUAUUGCAGAAACUGGAUCUUUAUUUAUUUUCGGGGAGAAAGUGGAAACUAGCCUUGGAUUUGGGGAGGCCAAGAAUGCAACAAUGCCAUCCAUGAUCAACUCAUUGCCAUAUUCAGAAGAAGUUGCAUGUGGUGGCUACCACACAUGUGUUGUAACAAGAGGUGGGGAGCUUUACACUUGGGGCUCAAAUGAGAAUGGUUGCCUUGGUAUCGGUUCUACGGAUGUUUUUCAUGUACCGGAAAGAGUUCAAGGUCCCUUUCUGAAAUCUUCUGUUUGCAAGGUCUCCUGUGGUUGGAAGCAUACAGCAGCGAUUUCAGAUGGCAAGGUCUUCACAUGGGGUUGGGGAGGUUCUUAUGGAACAUUUUCUGAAGAUGGGCAUUCCUCUGGUGGACAACUGGGUCAUGGAAGUGAUGUAGAUUACAUAAAACCUACAAUGGUCCACUUUGGGGAAAAUGUUAAAGCGUUGCAGAUAUCAUGCGGAUUCAAUCAUACAGCUGCCAUAUUCGAAUACAUGUAAGCUUCAGGCUUUGAAUUUAUCACUUUUCAUACAUAUUUUUUGUGCGCAGACAGAUAGGUUAUACAUUAAUUCUCUCUGCUGUCUGCUGAUUCCUUCUAUAUUGUUACAAUGUGGCGUCAUUUAUCAUGGAUGAAACUCUAUGUAAAACAAUGUAUAUAAAUUACAUAUAUUCAAUACAAGAAGAGGAAUGGGGAUUCCUCAGGAAAUAAAUU